AUGAACAUAGGAGAAGAUCAGUGCCAAAGAAUCCAAAGUGACAUCAAGAUCUCAAGCUUGGCAAACUGGAACAAUGGUGACAUCACCCAGAGAAAUGAGAAAGGAUGCAGCUUUAAGUCCAGUGAUGAGAAGACACAGGGUAAGGUGGAGUCAGGUGCCUGCCUCCUCCCAUCCUGCCAGCCUGAUAGGUCUGGGAUAAAGCCUUCAACAUCUCUCAUACAUGGAGGAAAAGGGGUGGGGAGAAGAUGGCAUAAAAAAAGAAGACCCAGCAUGGGAAGCCCAGCUCAGCAGCCCAGAGCUCUGAAAUGCAAGAGUAAUUAUCUGGACUUAGCAAAGCAGAAGAGAAACUUGGAGAUGCCCUACUCCAGAGCCACCACUGACUGAGAUUUUGGGGGGCCACACAGUAAUGCCAAUGAAGUUGAGUCACUCAUAAGAGUUGGAAUUUCGGGCGUACUCUCUGCACUGGAAGACUGUUCACACCUGCCCUGCUGUUGUUUGGGUUACUUCUAUGAUCUGGCCCCAGCAGAAAGAACUUGCUAG